AAGGUAAGUUAAUAAUACAAACACACAAAACUAGUGCAAUGUCUCCAGCGAAACCACUGAGACGCUCCAAAUCCCUGUGUUCCCUACAUGAGGAGAAAGAGAUAAACUUCCCCAGCUACCGACAGAGUAGCCGACGGAUUAGCGACUCUUCCGUGGAGAUAUUUGUGGUAAAUGAUUCUGGAUCGGAUGCCUCGCUGGAGAAACGGGAAGACAGUGGGAUUGGGGACGUGAGGAAUGGUGGUGCGCUGAAGAAUUUGGAGGUUAAGAUUGAUCGACUAAGCGACCUCUUCACGGAACAAUGCAAAUUGCUAACGGCAAUCAAGGAAGAAAUACACGAAUCUAAAGGAGCAACGGAGCACCAGCAGUUGUUUGAAGAGUUGACGGCGAAGGCAUUCUCAGCAAUGCAAGGGAGAAUAAAAGAGCUCCUGGACCGUCCGCCGCAGAACAUUCGCGCCACGACUCUGCUGAACGCCAUCGACAAGCCAGCCCUGUCUCUGGACCGGGAAGUCAGAGAAGCACUCAUGCAAUUCCUGCAAAAUGACGAGCUAAAAGAGCGCAUGGUAACAGCUACCGCGCAGUCUGUGAAGGAGGUGAUCAGCAGCUGCAUCUCCAAGGACAUGUGUGACAUCUACCUGCCAACCCUGGAGCGCUCACACCGCCGACUGUCUCGCCACAUGGCCAGGGUGCUGGCUGACGCCUUCGCCCAGUACGAGAACUCCGCCAUAUUCCUGAAGCAUACGAACCGCGCGUCACGCGCGCUCCGCCGCUCGCUGGAGCAGCACGAGCUGUUGCUGCAAACUCCCGGCCCCACAACUCUUCACCAGGUUUUACAUGACACCAUUGAACAGUUCCUGAAGACGGAACUAAAAGACUGGCGGGAGAAAGUGGUAGAAAUACUUUCGUCGCACGCUGAUGAUGAGCCAGGGGAACAACUGCCUCCAACGCCGCUAGAGUGCGCGCCAGUCAGUCCGCUGCAACCUGCCAACCCUGAUAUGUCUAUCAUUGAUCAACUGAUGCAGUCAGCAGAAGUCAACAAGCUAAUCCAAGAUGGCGACGUGAACGGAGCGUUCGAGCGCGCGCUGUCGGCCUCCGACCUCUCCGUCGUGAUGGCGGCCUGUCGCGCUGCUGAUCCUGCUAAGGUGUUCAUUCAGCCGUGUUUGCUGGAGCAGUCUGUUCUGAUGUCUCUGGUGCAACAGCUUGCAACAGAUAUGCUGCACGAAACUCAGCUUAAAUGCAGAUACCUAGAAGACGCUCUGAUCCACCUGAAGGCAUCGAACCCAUCGACUCGCGCGCAUCUCCCGCUGGUAGUGGGGGAAGUCCGCAAACACCUGAUGAAGUUCCUCCACGCCUACCCUAGUCACGUGGCCAGCCGGAGAAUAUCACUCAUCAUCAUGGCCGCCGAUAAUUUACUUAAAUAAUCUAUAUAUUUUUAAGAUUAAAUGUUGAUUAUUUUAGAAUUCAAUUACGUUUUACAAAGACUUUUUUAUUCUUUAUUGUAUUUAAAAAAUAAAUAUGUGGUUGAAUGUAA